UGUUGAAAGUGUAACUGCUCUUGUUCAGUGAUCGGCAAGAAGCGUUCAAUACUAACCGGUGUUAUUUAACGGGAAUUAUUUUUUCGAAUGAAAAGUUAACAAAAUAAAUCCAUCAAGAUGCAUUUUCCAUCACUAAACGAAGUAGCGAACUUAAUUGUAAAAACGAAAAUGUAUCCAUAUUUUGAUAUUUCAAAUUACGUCCUCAUGUGCUGCAUGGUCAGGGACGAUUACGCCAUUGCAGGUCCUUCGGAUGAUCCUGUUUCAUUUUCACGCAAGCAUCCGUUGUCGAGUUGGUUCUCAAGUAUGCUGCUCUGUUUUGCUAGUGUCAUCCUAACAAACUUCUUGCUAGGUGAAUCCCCCUUGGCGCCUUUCGGUAACCAUCGAGAUUUGUUAACCGCAACGGCAACCUGGUAUUUUAUAAAUUACUGCCCUUUUGACAUUGCAUAUAAACUAUCAAAACUGUUUCCAAUUCUUUUUGCCAUCAACGUUUUAAAAGAAGUUCAACGAGCUAACAAAGUUUAUCAUGGAAUUCAGUAUGCUUUCAAACUAUAUCAGCAAUCCUAUUUCAUCAUAUGUGUCAUUGGGGUUCUCAAAGGAGCAGGUUAUUAUUAUAUGAGACUCUGCGAGAGACUUGCUCGUGGCACGUGGAUACCAAGCCAUCACGAACUCUUACACCCAACAGGAACGACAAAAAUUUGUCUGUUGGCCUCUAUUCUUUUCAUAUUAAAUCAAGACGAUUACAUUGAUGUGUCUCCCGCCUUACUCUACCUCAUCAUCGUCGCCAUGUUCAUCUUAGUCCGCGUUUUGUACGUGGCUUUUCACGUGAAAGAUCCCUUCGUGCCGGUCGAGAACAUUCUCUGCACCGUUCUCUUCGGUGGAAUAUUUGAAAAACUGAAAAGGUUUGUCAUCAAAGACUCUUCCAGCACUGAAAACAAUGCCGCCAAGCAAACAAAAAACCAAAAAAGUGAUUAAACUAAAAUGAUAGCCAAUUAUUUAAUUGAAAUAUCAAAAUACGUGCUAAAUUUGAUUCAAAUUAUUAUGUUUUCUUAUUAAUGACAACGUUUGGAUGAAGAUUUAUUAAAUUUUAUUACAUCUGUUGGGUUUUUAUAACAUUUUUCUAUCAUAAUCACCUUUUUAAAACCGUAGUUUAAAAUUCGCGCGAUAUAAAUAGAAAAAUGCAGGUUGAUUUUUGUACAAUUCGUUUUGAAUUUCAUUCAUUUUACUCUUUUCUUUAGUUUUACAAUGUUUUGAGUGAAUUUUAUUUUGAUCUUCACAAAUUCAUUUAAUGGCUUAGUUGAAUUUAACUUUUAAAAUAGUCUCACAAAUGUUCAUUGGCAAAGUUUACAAGAUCAAAAUGCUAACAACAUUUGAUGAAA